AUGGUUUCUGAUCUCUCCUGCAGCACCCCAGAGCCUCACGGUGGGUUUAAGAUCUACUUCGUUAGCAACUCACACAUGCACAAGACAGUAUUGCUAAAUUAUAAUCACAUGUUGUACAUUAAGAUUCGGCUUCAGGCCCCGUCUCAGCGGCCCAUCGGUCCCCACCAAGCAGGCAGGGCCAUCGAUGGAGUCGCUGACCGGAAAGGGGUGCACCAGCAGGAUGAGGAACCUAGAGCAGCAGACUUCCGGUCCUCUCUGCUCCCCAUUGGCUACACCUGGUCAUGUGACUGCACCUUGCGGCAAAGGCGCCUGGGAGAUGUAGUCUUUGACUCAAAGGCCAGCCGCUCCCCGCCCGCAGCAGCCCACCCGAUGUCCGCCGGGAAGCCCCUGCUCCUGCUCCCGCUCCUGCUCUGGGCGUCGGCGGCGGCGGUGCCCUCCCGCGACUGCCCCGCGCCCUGCAGCUGCCAGCUCCUGGACACCAUGGGGCUGUGGGUGGACUGCGCGGGCCGCGGGCUCUCGGCGCUGCCCGCGCUGCCCGCGCACACCCGCCACCUGCUGCUGGCCAACAACAGCCUGCGCGCCGUGCCCGCCGGCGCCUUCGACCACCUGCCGCAGCUGCAGACGCUCGACGUGGUGCAGAACCCGUGGCACUGCGACUGCGACCUCACCUACCUGCGCCUCUGGCUGGAGGACCGCAUGCCCGGGGCGCUGCAGCACGUGCGCUGUGCCAGCCCGGCCCGGGCCACGGCGCGCCCGCUCGGCCAGCUCACGGGCUACGAGCUGGGCAGCUGCGGCUGGCGGCUACGCGACGCCGAGGCCUGGCGCCGGGUCUGGUGGGACGUGGCGCUGGUGGCCGUGGCCCUGCUGGCCCUGGCGCUCCUGGCCGGGCUGCUGUGCGCGGUCUCCGAGUCCCCGCGCUGA